AAGCCUGGAAGGGACUUGGCAGUGGACGAGAUAAUCAUACGAUUUGAAGGUCGAUUAAAGGAAACAACUACUGUUCCAAACAAGCCUAUACCUACUGGAUAUAAGGUAUGGGGGGCAGCCCAGAGGGGGUUCUUACUCGUAUGGAACUGGUAUAUUCCUGGUCAAAGAAAUGGCCCUGUGGGAGUA